CAACUACGUGAUCUUCAAGUAACAAUAUCUUGUAAAAUCAGUAAAAUUAAAAAUGAGUUCUAAGGUCAUUUGUCUUGCGGCAAUAGCCAUAUUCGCUGUUGGUCUUAGCCAUGCACAUGAUGAUGGCUAUUCAUCUAUACACAUCACUCGUCACGACGGUCACCAUCAUCCCGUACAUGUCCAUGGCCACGGUCAUCAUCAUCACCAUGACUAUUAUACACAUCCUAAGUAUGAGUUCGAAUACAAAGUGGAAGAUCACCACACGGGCGACAUAAAGUCCCAGCAUGAGCACAGAGAUGGCCACAAGAGCGAGAGCGGGUACUCCUGGCACGACCCUCAUGGCACUGUUAAAGUGACAAAAUAUGACUCUCACCAUUAAGACUGAAAGAAACGUCUUACUAUUUGUACCAUCAACGGAGGACUCAUAUAUUCUUAACAUAAUUUUUUUUAUAAAAUUAAGCCCGUCAAAUACGUUU